UUUUACCCUUUUCCCUUUUUCUUCUACUUUUAUAUUUAUUAUACUUUUUUCCGUGUUAUGCACGUUAUGUUUUGUUUUGUUAUGUUUUGUACCGUUACGAUAAAUUAAUAAUAACUUAGUAAAUAUAGAAAUGUUGUUACCAAGCUAUUAUUGUUCAGCUAAUUAUCUAUCUGCAUCUAUCCGAUGACAAUAUGGCGUUUUUUCGAAUUUUCAAACGGAAUGAAAGAAGUAGAAUAAAACAAUGAUCGUAACCGCGAGAUUUGUGACUGACCUGUGACAUUUUGAAACUAAAAUGUUGUGACAUUAAGUGCCUCUGUUACCAUGGAAACCAAUUUGAAUUUUACCAAUUUCUUUUAUAUUCGUUAGCUAUUUGCAGAGUUUAUUUUUAUAAUUUUUGUGUAUUAUAUUGCGUAUCAUGGAAGAAUUAGUGAGUUCUGAUGUUCGUAUUGUUCUAAACAUAAAAGAAGGUAAAGGAUUUGAACAAAUUCUACUACCAACUAUGGUGGUAGCUACUUUAAAUGGUCAUUCGCUAGAAACUGAAAGGAUAGACCCAAGCCCAAAUCCCCAAUACGAUCAUGCCUUAGUUUGGGAAAUAGAUAAACACAGACUUAGAAAAAUGAGAUCUGGACAAGUCCCAUUAAAAUUAGAAUGUUUUGCUAUUAAAAGCAAUGAUAGUAAAGAGAAAUUGGGAUACUUUUUGCUUAGUCUACGAUCUGCACAAGUUUUUUAUAAAAAUGGUGAUGAGGAUGUAAAGUUCCAUUGGCAUAAACUGUUAGGAUUGAGAAGCGAUCUCAAAAUACAUAAGCCUGAGUUACUACUCGGUUUAAGUAUUCAUGACCAAGAAUCUACAAUAUUAAAUUCUCGGUCAGAGUUAAAGAAUUCAGAAGAAUCUAAACAAACAGAUAUUGAACCCAACAAGUUAACUCCAAUUUUGCUUCGUGACGAACGUCUUAUACAACUAGGUCCCUUAGAUAGUUGUCACGAGUUAUUCUUGAUGAAUGUCAUAGCCAUAUCUGCAACAAAUAUAGAUUUAUUAUUACCAACGAAAUAUUAUACAGACAUGAAAAAUAAUUUAUAUUUAUGGUGUAAAAUAUUAGAAAAUGAUAUAUAUUUUAAUCAAACUAAAAAAGAAUAUGGAGAACUUUGGAUACUCAAUGAAAAAAUUGUAAUAAGGAUCAGAAGUUCAUUAAAAAUGUUGAAGUUAUAUUUACAACUAAAGCCAUUUUUAUACAUAUAUUUGAAAUAUAAAGAUAAUAUACUAGGUCAGUCAAAAGUUAAUUUACAACCACUAGUUCCUACCGACGAUAUCGACGAAUUUUUAAAAACUGUUGCAAAUAAUAACAGUAUUUUAAAUCAGCGAUGUUAUUUAUACAAAGAAGAUCCCAAUAAAAAUGGUGAAAUAGAAUGUAAAAGUUCAUAUCUCGAUUUACAACUAAAAUUGCAGUAUGUAGGAAAUAAAACAGAUGUAGCAAUGGAUAUUUCAAAUCCAAUAAUCAAAGAUAUAGAUGCUCCUAAUUCUACUAAAGAACAAAAAACUGAUUUGAAACAAAUAGUAAGUCGUUCCAUCCCAACUUGUAAUUUCAAAUUUGUGAGCACAAUAGAUAUUAACAGUAAAAAAAACAGGAAUAAACAUUUUUACUUUUUUUUUAAAUAUAAUUUUCAGAAUUAUAGUGAAAUAGACUGCCACAGAAAUCCUGCUGGUGAUUUUGGAAAAUGCACCACUGGAAUUAAAAUGUUCAAUUUUUCAAAUGAAUGUAAUAUUCUAAAUAAUCAUUCUUUAAGUUGUAAUAUUACAAAAACUCAACCAAUUAAAACUGUAUGCUCACAGUCAAUUGACAGACCACCAUGUCAUUGUAGUGACAUCGAAUAUUCUAAAAGUGUAGAAGCAUAUCGUUGCUACUGCUUGAAGAUUCUAUUGAUAACAAUUAAAUCAAUAUCUCCAAAACUUACUGUACCAGAUAUUGAAAUUCGGUUCCAUCACCCCAAAACUGAAAUCAUAUCAACAUUUUAUCCAAAAACGCCACUUUUAUUAGGAGAGAAAAUGAAAUUACAAGAUAUGGGAUGCAAAUUACAUUUUAUAUCACCAACAGAUGAAAUUAAACAUUUGUUGUCAUCUUACCCACCUAAAAUUAGUGUAUAUAAAACAGAAGGAAGUACCAAAACAUGUAUUUCACAAAGUAUAAUUGAUAUAAAACCAUUGUUUCAUCAAAAUAAGUCUGAAUGUCAGUGCAAUGUACCAUUGUAUGACAUGGAUCAAAAUAAUAUUGGUAAUUUAGAUAUUAUGUUAAACUUAGAGGACAAUGGUCCAUAUUAUAGAAUUAAAAAAAAAACACCUAGUGAAAAUUUGGGACCACCAAUCUUAGAUGAUAGUUUAGCAUACAAAAUAGUAGAUGAAUUGGAAACAUGGAAAGAACGGCAAAAAGAAAUAUUUAAAGUUGAGUUGAAAAGAAAAGAAGAUCGACAUUUAAAUUUACUAAGUCAGGAAUGGCAAAAACACCGAGAGAAUUUAGAAGCAAAACUUGCAUGUAGCGUUGAACAAUGUAAAAUGUUGGCAAACAGUUUAAAUAAUGCUACAGACGACUUACGAACACGAAGAUUAAAAAGUCUUGAAAAAGAAACUAGAUUAAUUAAAGCAAAUGAAGAUUUGCAAUGGCGAUAUGAAACGAAAUUACGAGAGCUCAAAGAAUCGUUUCAUGCAAUGCAAGAAGAACUUAUCUCUAAGAUCAAUGCCCUUGAAAAAAGAAAGACUGCCUUAGAAACGCAAGUUGAACAAUUAAGUACUGAAAAUGAAAAAUUGCAAUUAUUAGUAAAAAAACAAUCAGACGAAUUAGGAUCUUAUCAAAAGGGAUCUUUAACGCAAGAUCAAACGGCGAACUUGUUACAGGAAUUAAAAACACUUGAAGCAAAAUUACAAAAUGUACUUGAAAGUAAAUCAUUUUUCAAAGAACAAUGGGCCAAAGCAGUUCGCGAAAUACAUCGUAUGAAAAUGGAGCAUCAACAAGCAAUACAAGUUCAAAUAAAAAAUAGUAAAGAAGAAUUGCAAAACUUAGAUCUAGAAGAGAUACUAUGUGCAGACUCCACUGCUUUAACAGAUGACAAAAUUUUGUUAAAUCAAAUUCAAAAGGAAAUCGAUGUGAUCAAACCAAAACCAUCAUUUAUUGAAAAAGAUGCAUACUGCCAAGUUUUUACGCCGACUAAUAUAGGUCCAACAAUUUCACAAAGCAAUAGUAAAAAUAAAUUAAAGAUUUCGGGAGAAAACGAUGAAAGAUUACAAGCGCUACUUGAAGAACGUGAUUCUCUCUUAAAAACUGGCAGUUAUACGAUCGAUGAUACAGUUAUUAUGAAAUUGAAUACAGAAAUAAGAUCUUUAAUGAUGAAGUAAUUAAUAAAUUUAUUCCUGUAUGUGAAUUGUGUACUAUACAGUAUAUACAUUAAUAUUAAUAAAUACACUAGUGUACACUUUAUUUUCAUAAAUUAUUUUUAGAAAAUUAUUAAUAAAAUAGUAACAAUAUUAAUAUAGAAUAUUUUAUAAUUCCGUUUAGAUGUGUAUGUGUGUAUUGAAAUAAAUGCAUUGGAUCAGUUUUAAUUGUAGUUCAUUUAUU